AUGGAUGAGCCUCAUCUGAAGAGAAAGCAUACUAUUCUCAGGGAACAUCCAGAAGUCGAAAAACUAUAUGGAACAGAUAUUCGAACACUCUAUGUGACGAUCGCAAUCACCGUGAUUCAGCUUACUAUUGCCUAUUACUUUGGCCGAAUAUACAACCCACCAUGGUAUAUAUUUGCUUUGACAGCUUACUUUAUCGGAGCCACUCUGACGGGUAUGAUUGGGGUGAUUAUACAUGAGGCUUGUCACUGCUUGAUAUUUGAAAAGAAAUGGCUCAAUCGGUACGCUGGUCUGCUCGCUAAUGUGUCUUUACCUGUGCCUAUCGCACAGUCUUUUCGACGUUAUCAUAUCGAACAUCACACUUGGCAAGGCGUUGAAGGGAUGGACCCUGAUUUACCACUUGAUUGGGAAAAGAACUUGAUUCGAGGAAAUGCAUUCACAAAGCUACUUUGGAUCCUUAUUUACCCUGUCAUGUACGUUGUCCGUGGAGCAGUAAUGCAACAUGACCGAAAUCUGACACCGUCCAAAUGGGAAUUGAUCAACGUUGUAUUUACAGUUAUAACAGAUACCCUCAUUCAAAGAACGUGUGGAUGGCGUGGAUUGGGUUAUUUAUUAUUAUCACUUUGGUUUGGUUAUUCAUUGCAUCCCGGAGCUGCACACUUUAUUCAAGAGCAUUAUACAUUUGAUGAUGGGCAAGAGACUUACUCUUACUAUGGUAUCUUGAAUAUACCCUUUAUGAAUAUUGGCUAUCAUAAUGAGCACCAUGAUUUCCAAAAGAUUCCCUGGUCAAAACUUCCAACUCUUCGUGCCAUGGCAAGAGACUAUUAUGAUAAAUUAGCCUAUCACACUUCAUGGGUCAUGGUUCAUUGGAAAUUUAUCACCCAGCGUACGAUUGGCCCUCAGUCCCGUGUGAUCCGUACCUAUGAUGACCAUAAGCGGGGUAGAACUUUGCUUGGUAAAAUGCGUGAUUAUGAUAUUUGGAAGAAGAAAUCAUCCCAAUAG